GGAGAGGAGACUUUCCACUUCAGGACUCAGUGCUGACUCAAGCUGCUGGCACAAGAGCCCCAAAACCAAACUCAUGGCUUAGAGAGGUUCAUAGAAUAAAUCUGAAGGCUAAAUCUCCUUGGAGUCUCAGCAUCCUGGCAGGGCCAGAGGAAUGUCACAAUGCAGAGUCCCUCAGCCAACUUAACUGCAUCUGCCUACAGAAGCACACCCGUGUUUACAAAGGGUCUACAAAACAUAAGAGCUACAAAGGGUCAGUUGGUGGUAUUUGAAUGUCGCAUUCACGCUACACCCACCUUACAGGUUCACUGGUACAGAGAAUAUGAUCAGAUAAUAGAUUCUGCCGAUUUCCGAAUACUACGAAAAACAGAAGCUUGUUCAUCAGCUGUUCCUGAGGAAGUCUGCACCCUGGUUAUUACAGAAGCUUUUCCAGAAGACUCUGGGUUAUUUAAAUGUGUUGCUGAAAAUGAAUUUGGAUCUGCAGCAUCCAGUGCACGUCUCUCUGUUUCCCCAGGAGCAAAAGAGCCAGAAAGCUUUGCAGGUGCUGCCCACAGACCUGCUGUGCAAGUCCCCAUGAAGAAACCCACCUUCCCUAGGAACAGCCAAACCGGAGCCAAGGACCGGGACACAGCUGGUUUGCCAUCCUACAGCACCGAGACCCCGGGGAUGGGCUGUCGAGCAGAAGCCACAACCUUAAGCCAGAUGAACUCCACGAGCGAAGAUGGGGAUUUUCAUGGAGCUUAUGAGAAUUUGCCUCCAGCUUCACCUCUGCGGUAA